GAGCGGGUUUUCCUGUCUCUUUGCUGCCCCUCGCCCGCAGAAGGGGGCUCCCGCGGCCGCUUUCCUGGCUGCGGGGCGGCGGCGCUGCGUGGGCCGGGUCGCCUCCUCUGCGCGGGGCGCCGCGGGGUUCUCAGCCCCUCUUCCUCGCCCGCCCGCCCGUCCUCUCGGGGCCGCGUCCGGGGGCUGGGCCGGGGGCCUCGUGGUCUUCGUCAGCCCCCUCCCCUCGCCGGGGUCGCCCUGCCGCUCGCACCGCUUUUCCGUUUAUUAGGCGAAGGACUGCCAGAGGCAGGUGCCGGUUGGCCAAGUGCUCUGUAAUGAGUGAAAGCUCAGCCACAGGCAUCAAGCUGUUUCAGAAAAGGACUGUUAUGAAGAGCUUUGCUAUAACUGUGGUUUAUACUCAUCCAGACUGGACAACUGUUGCCUUUUUUUAAAAAGGCAGAAUAAGAGAAUAAACUCAAAGACUUAAAUGGGCUUCUGAAGUCUGCAAGUAAUAAAGGCAAGAGAAAUGGAGACAGAGACCAUUUUAAGUCUUCGACAACAACUCAAGGAAGCAGAGAAUGAACGGAGGAAGGCAGCACAGUAUGGCUUGCAUUUAUUGGAAUCUCAAAGUGAAGUUCAAAAUCAGUUGGAUCAAACACGUCGUGAAUUGACUGACAAAACUGAGAAAUUUGAACAAGAGAAAUAUUCUCUUCAGAGAGAAAUUGAACUCAAGAAUAGAAUGUUGGAAAGCUUGAGUUUUGAAUGUGAUGCUCUCAAGCAACAGCAAAACAUGCAACUGGAUAAACAGAAAGAACAGCUUGCCAGAGUUCAUGGACAAGAAAUCAGUGACCUUAAAAACAAGUUGGAGAACCUGAAAGCGGAACUAGAUGAAACUCGACUGACAGAGAAACAACUGAGACACAAAGUGGAUCAUCAGAAGGAAAUAAUUGCUGCCAAAUCAGAGGAGUUGCAUAUCAUGUCUGAACGUGUACAUGAGACCAUGUCUUCAGAAAUGCUCAGUCUUCAGAUGGAACUGACUGAGCUAGAAAGUGUGAAGGCCAAUGUUGAAGAGAAGCUGAAUGAAUUGCAGUACAGUAAAGAACAACUGGAACUUGUAAAUAGCAACUUACGUAAUCAGCUGGAGCGUCUACAGGGAGAAAAAGAAGAGAGGGAAAAAGAAGUUGUUUCUUACUGUAAUGCAUUAGAGAAAGCUCGUGAGGCUAAUCAAGAGCUUCAGGUUCAGCUGGAUCAUGCACUACAGCAAUCUUUGGACCCUACAAGUAAAGGCAACUCUCUCUUUGCUGAGGUGGAGGACCGUAGGGCAGAAAUGGAACGACAGCUGAUCAGUGUGAAAAUAAAAUAUCAGUCGCUACAAAAACAGCAUGCAUUCACUAGAGAACAAUUGCAAAGAAUGAAGUUGCAAAUGGCUGCACUGCUACAAAUGAAAGGUUCUCAGGCAGAAUUUGAGCAGCUGGAACGCUUACAGUCAAUGUUAGAACAAAAGAAUGGUGAGAUUGAAGAUCUUCUUAUGAAAGUGAGGCAACUAGAAAAAUUUAAGAUCUUAUAUGAGAACACAGAAGAAUCCAGAGCUAGUACUAGUUCAAGAGGAGGAGAGUCUGAAGAUGGUUACUAUGCAGACUUGCUUCAAAUGAAACUUGACAACUCAAAUAAAGAAACUGAAACCUUGAGAAAUGAACUAUCCUUGCAGAGAAUGAAAGCUUUGUAUGAGAGCCAAAGGGUUCUGGAAGUUGAAAGGAAACUCUUCACAAAUGAGAGGCAUUUGCAAGCUUGUCAGAGCGAGAAUAUGAACUUGCGAGUUAUGCUGGAUGAGCUAAAAAUGAAAUAUGAACCUGAAGAGUUACUUAAAGCUAAAAAGAAGAGGGAGAAGAUUCCAGUGGACUCUACCUGUGAAUACUUGGACAGCAAAAAUACUUCAGCAAAAGAAACUGCUCUCACUCAAUUGCCGAGUAAGGAAGAAACAAAGAUGAGUUCCAAGAACUUGGAGCUAAGUGAUGCCUCUCCAAAAAAACAUGCCCUUGAAGCACCACCGAUAAAUAUAGCUCUUCAAGCAAUGCACAAAGUAGUGGAAGCGGAAAAAGAAAGAAAGAGAGUUAAAAUCAGAGAUGAGCAUCAUGACACUUCAUAUGACAGAAAUGGAAAUAAUUCUUUGACUUCAGCUGCCCCCAGGUCAGUGUCAGCUUCUGUGUAUGCUCAAGGCAAUCAGCAGAGACCUGCAUCUCUUUUCUUUCGCUGCAUGAACUAUACUAUCCAAUUCUUUAUCUAUUUUCUAAGUGUUGCAUGCAGUGUAAUUUCUCAGCUCCAGCUGCCUACAUUCAACCUCUCAAAACUUCUUAGAAGGACUAAAGUGAUGGCUAAUGGAAAAGACUCUUAAAACUAUGUAAUAGCAUCUUUGAAAUAAUAAUGUUCCUACUGCUUUAAAAUGUUUAAGGUAUGCAGGUAGCAUGAUAGUAGUUGACUCAGUUUGUUCUUACUUCAAAACAGGACUGUUUACUUGGUCCAUUUAAAGCUGCCACACAACUGGGUUGCAUAUCCAAGUAACAUGAAUAGGUAUCAUGCUUCAGUUUCACACCUCAUUCCAGCCCCUGCCAGCUUUCACAUUUUAGCCUCGAACCUAAAAAUAAUUUAAAUUUAAGUAGUUCUUAAUCUAAAUUGUGUUAACAGAACUUGCAUUUUAUAACGUAUUUAAUUAUGCUAUUAAGUCAUCUGUUUUGACAGACGAUUGACUUUGACAAUCUGUAUGCAUCAUAGCUUUUGAAUCCUAACUCUUAAACUAAGAUCAAGCUUUUUGCCUGAACUGGGAACUUAAGUCAUUUUUUGAUAGAUAGUGAAGUAAUUUAGCACAGUAGUUAGCUCCAACUUUUUUGUCUUGAUAAAAGGAAUGCUGCAUUUUUCCUGCUGAUGCUUUUGUCUUCUGUUCAUGUUCCUAAUCUAAGUAAUCUACACUUUAUUGGCUAUUCAAAAAAAAUCUGGGCUAGUGUUACAUGGUUUGAGCUUACAGCCUGCUAAUGUCUGCUGCUAAAAACAAGAACACUUUCUCUUCCCUCCCCAUCCUUCCUUCUAGCUUUCUCUGCCGUUUAAGUUGUGAUUCUGUACACAUCUGAUAUCUGAGCACAUAAUUGUUUUAAACCAUCCUUCAGGGAGAUAAGAACAUGUUGUUUGGCAAAUGUACAGUGAAGUUUUUCUUGAACUUUUUUAGUUUCAUUAACCUUCCCACAUUUGCAUCUUUCUUUGACUCUUCUGCCUUAGCUGUAACACUGCGCUGAUAUGAGAGUGGGGAGGAGAGCCUAGAAUAGUUCAGGAAGCUGCCUUAAAACCUAAACAAUCCCAGUCCAGCAAGCUGUAUUCUUGUCUGCCCCACAAUUAAGUUUCCAUUCUUCUCCUUCAGUGAGUAUUUAGGCUGUUGCUUGCAGGGAGAGUUACUUAUGGUGUUCACAUUAUCAGUAGCUUUAUGUUCAACAGAUUUCAUGAAGCAUCCAAUGAGGCUCCCGCAGUGUUCCAAAAGUAAAUUAAGUUUCUUUAGAUGUUAAAUUUGUAUUGUUUUUGUAACAACUUUAUUCUAGACAUGACUGGUUAUGAGAUGAACUGAAGAAGCUUCAUUAAUAGUAUCACUGACUAGUGAUGGUAUCAUUUUCUGACACUCCUAAAAAUAGCAGUGUAACUAGAGUUGAAAUUUAAAUGCUUUAAUUAAAGAAAAGGAUGUAUCUUGAUCUUUGACAUUCCAGAGGGCAUGUUUGUUCCAGAAUAGGGUGUGACUUGGGUUGAAACACAGAAGCAAAGAAAGCUUAAAGAUCCUUUAAUGUGGUAUGGUAAGAUACUGUAGUUACUGGCUGGGAAAGAGUAUGGUUACUUGAACAAUCUUUCAGGUCUUGUCAAUAAUUAACACCUUUCAGACCAGUUUAUUGAAUCUGGAAUGGUGGCCAACUUCAAAGAUGGCGAAAUAUCUAUACACGUGGAAACCUGUACGGUAUAUCCAAAACUAAGGGCAUUCAGAAGUAAUUGGAUUGGUAGUUUGACUUUUGGAUCAAUUGUUUAAGGUUUUGUUGGAUGCAAUUAACAGACUUGGUGCAACUGAACAGUACGAUCUUCUGAAACUGUCUGGAAAGAAUGUUGUGGAAAUAGCAGUUUUAAUAGCUCUAUCAAAGUAUGCAGAGACUUAUUGAGGAGGAAAGAGCAAGGAGGUCAAAAAUGGGUGGUGAAAGUUGAUAGAGGCUGGAUAGCGUAAUGAAAGUGUUGAGUUGUGAUGACAUUCUGUACGUGUGAAGAGACAAACAGCAUGUAAUGGGGGUGUGAAAAAUGUAACUUCAGUUUGUCAUAUUUGCUCUGGAGAGGAAGGUGCAAUGUUUGCCAAGAGGAAAUUGUUGGAAACAGUUUAUGUGAACCGAAGAGGCAAACUACCAGAAAGGAGGCAAGGACAGGAAGUUAUUUUAUGGAGCUGAUGUUUGGAGGCAGAGAAAAGAUGCAAUAAGAGGAAGACGAAAUAGGAGUUUGGAGGGGAAAAAUUCAGACGGUCCUAAUUCUCCACGUGUAUUUCUUUAGGGCAUUUGAAAUGGCAAUAAGAACCCGUAAAAGGCAAAUCCAAAUAGUAGGUUCUGUUCUCAUUUUUGAUUGCAUAAAUGAACAACUACAUCCCCCGUUAGUGACCUUAUGUUAACGACAAGGACUUCCUUAACCCUAACCUGUCUGAUUUCUUAUGAGAUAGGAAGUUAUGGAUCAAAUCUGAAUAUUUUGAGAAGCUGGGUUCCUAAAGACUAAAAUAGUCUGUGGACUGUUCUCUCUUGGGUGUGGUAAACCCUACAUAUGAAUUACAGCUAAAUGCAAAGGCACAAAAAAUACAGGCAAGUUGAGCAGGAUUGUGGACUUAAAAAUACAAGGUUCUGGGGAAAAGAAAUCACUGGCAUUUGCAUGGCUGAUAAUUGUGAAAGUGAUUUACUUUUUGUUCAAGUACAGCGUGACGCUGCAGCUGAAGAGGCUAAUGUGGUCAUUGGAGAUUAUUUUUGGCACUUGAGUGGUUUACUUGUGCAAUAAUUUGUCUAGUUCUGUUAUUGCUGGUCUGUGAAAGGUGGCAGUGAACAGAAGAACCAUAGUAACUGUGAAUAAAUUAGAAACUUCAUUCCUACCAAAUGGUAUUGAAAAGCUUUGUCUUUCUAGAUUAGGUGGUAAUUGAAAAAAAUGGUCAGAGGUGAUCAGUAUGUACUUACAUGGGUGAUAAAUUUAAUUGCUUGAUGAAGAAUCUUGCUUGAUAUAAUUUAACAAAGGAAAGCUAAGUAACUUCUGAUUAGUGGAUGUGCAUAUAUGUGCAGUGAGUAUGUGUAUAUUUACAAAUGGUUAAAGUAAAAGAAGCUUGGGAUACAUUAUCAGGUUAUGGUAGAGGUGUGAUCAUUGAAAACACAAUUAUUAUUUAAAUACUCUUUUUUUAACUGUUACUGCUAUUGUAAUAUAGGCAAUGCAAAGGUUAUAGGUAGUGAUUUCUGUUAGGCCAACUGGUCUAUAAAAAGAUAUGCUUCUGCAUUGAAAUGCAGUUCUUUGCUUCUGAAACUGAAAUAACAAGUUUCAGGUCUCACUGCUCAGACUAGUUUGCAUUCCUAUUUGAAGUAGUUUGCUUCAGUUUGGGUAUACAACCACUUUUUUAGAUCAAAGUUUAUCUGUUCUAUUAAAUUGGCUAGUAAAGUUGGAUAACAUAUACAUUAUCUACCUUUUCUGGACUUCUUUCAAACAGGAGUUCUUAAGCCUAUGGCCAUUUGACUGAGCAUGACAUCUAGAUAACUAAUAAUCUGUCUGGUGUUUUAGGCAUGGCAUUCAUUUUCAGGAAGUAAAGCCCCAUCUGAUGAGAUUAAUCAAUCUUCCUAAAUGAGUAGAAAGCACCUCUGUUAUGCGGCCUUUAUCAAGACUACAAAGUUGAAACUUGGUAGAAUCAAAUCAUAGUUCCACAAGAAUUUCUUUCAGUGGAAAAGUGUAUUUAAAUAGCUUCUGCUCUUGCUUCUGACCCAUCAAUUUCCCUCUGCAAAUGCUUUACAGGCUGUGCCAGUGCUGUAGGGAAUAUUGCACGAGCUGACUUCGUUUGGAGACUUACCAGGGUAUCAAAAUUACUUGUAGCUGGCUUGUUUUUUUUUUAACCUGGAUUAAUGCCUUGCCUCUGUGGAGCCAUGCAACAAAGUAGAGUUAUACUGGCAACAGUAAUGAGGUACAGUUAGAGGACAAGAGGUGAAAACAAGCAGAAAACGUAGGUAAAAGCUACUGAGGGGAAACAGUGCUGUCAAAAGAGGAGUUCUUAAUGAAAUGACAUCACUUUUUUUUUUUUCUUGGUCAACAGUAGAUUUGCUUUGAAAUUAAGACUGCCUCUUUGGGGAUAGCUGUCCUUCAUGCAGUAGUUCUUGAGAUAAUUUGUGCACCUUAAAACUUGCAACAAACCUUGAAUUUAUACUUACAUCCAUAUUCACUUGGCUUGUGUGGCGGUUUUUUGGUUCAUGAAUUCAGAGUUGUUAUGCUUGCAGUUAGUUUCCUACGGGGCAAAAUAAAUUGUUUGACAAAACCGUUGAGGCUUCCUUAUGGAAAAAAGGGUUGCUGAAAUCUGAAGUCAAGCACAAGGACCAGACUGUAUGAUAUAAUUGAAAAAUGCAGAAAUGUUUUCAGGCAAUUUCUCAAGAAUUGCUAGGUUAAAUUCGUAAACGAAAAAUUCAAAUCAUGUUGAAUGAGUGGUCAGCAAGGCAGUCCAUAUAAGAGCUGUAAGGUAGCAUGAGCUGAAUAAUGUUAGUACUUAAUAAUAUUCCUUACUGAGGUACAAAUGGCAAUUUAGCAUUUUUCAAGUAAACUGGGAUUAGAGUAGUAACUUUCAGCUGACUUAUACUGUGACAAAAGUUUCAAAGAACUUACUUGAUCUAACUCUUUCAGAUCAGACUCAGUUAAUCUCAUUCCAUAUGUCUUGGAGGCGUAAUAGGAGCUUGGGGAAGGGGAGACAGUUUUUUUUGGAAAUUCUGUAGGUUACAUAACUUUGAAUAAUGAAUGUAUUUAAAGUAAAUUGCUUUUCAUUUGCUUUUUCAGCAUAGCAAAUAAAAGUAUAUACUCCAAGGUGGGAUAUUUUAAAUGUUUGUUUAACAUAGGAAUGUGAACAUCCAUACAAAAUGAUUGUGAUUGUAUUAAAAAAGUAAAAUGGAAUAGUGCCACAAGGAUUAAUUUUUUCAUUUAAGUUGAAAAAACACAAUUACUCUUGGAAGCUGUUGAAGUGGUGCAGUUUUGUUUGUGUUGGGGAAGCUUUCUUGUUAACGCUAGUGAAGAGCAGAGCUCCUAAACUCUUGAUUAUAAUAGCAGAUGGAGUCUUUUUUUGCUGAAUACUUACCUUUUAUACAUAACUUAUCAUCUGACUGAAGUAUUUUACUAAGUAGUGUAUCCACUUUAGAGGAUAUACUGGGACACACAGUUAAAAAUCUAUAUUUGGAGGGUGACUGCAGAAGUAGUAGAUAUUGGGGGUCUUAAACGUGUUUGAAAGUUGUACUAACAGGGGAGUGAGGGUUGUAGUAGGUAGUGAGGCUGUAGUAGGUAGAAUUGUGAUGGUCCUGAGUAUAUUGAAAAGGCGGUACAGUUUUUUCAGGACCUGUAAGGUGCUCAACGGUAUUGCCUGCAAUUUGGAAAGUGAGUUUCUUCAAACUGUAUUCCAGUCUCUGUCAGUCUAGGCAGUCAUUGGGUCAGACACUUGUAACCACACUGUGUUGCGUUGGCAUCAUGGUGAACCAAAUGGAGGAAGUGAUCUUUUGAGGUUUUCCAAAAUGUAAGCUAUGUUUCUUGGGUCAGAACCCUUUUUUGAAGGAAAUACCGAGAGUGCUUAGCUGGUUUGUAGAGCUGUAGGUAUUUACUGUAACAGACUUGCACUAGAGUGUUCCAAGAUGUGAUAAUGUAAAAUGUUACUACUGGAAGGCUGUUUUUUAAAACAAGGUGGCUGACUUUGAGACUUCAUUUCAUAACAAAAUGUUUAGCUGUUCUCUUGUAUAGAACCUGUUAACUGAACUCACUGUAACUUGUCCCUCUUAUUGUUGUUUGUAGCAGCAUGCAGAUGAUAUUACACACUAAAAUGGGUAUUUCUCCAAAAAUUGGAUUCAGCAUGGUAAUGAAAGUAUGGUUCAGCAACCUGUAGGCAAUAGAACAGCCAGUGCCGAAGCAUUUGCAGGCCAACUGUAAGGUAUGAAGAGUGAAAGGUCUGGAGCUUGGCAUGAGUUGCUGGCAUCCAUCUGCUUGGAUUGUAGGCCUCAUCUUUUCUCUGCUACCUUAAAGCUCA